AUGGCAUCACUCGCUGCACAACCACUGCCACCACCGCCUCAGAACACCCCCUUCACCCGGGCGGUGGUGCAAGCUCUGAGAUCUCUGUACCCGGAAGAGGUCGCCGACAGGGCUUGGGACAAUGUCGGCCUGCUCCUGGGCAACUUCGACGCUCCCAGCCAACAACGUCUCGGUCUGGAGUCCACCCCGGAGCACAAGACCGUCCUCCUCACCAACGACCUGAGCCCAUCCGUCGCGCAGGAGGCUGUCGACAAGAAGGCUUCCCUGGUCGUGAGCUACCAUCCCUUUAUCUUCAGAGGGCUCAAGUCGGUCGACCUCGCCGACCCUCAGCAGAGGAUCCUGCUCCAGUUGGCUCAGAAGAACAUCGCCGUUUACUGCCCCCACACCGCCGUCGACGCCGUCCCUGGUGGCCUGAAUGAUUGGCUCGUCGAUGUCAUCUGCGGCUCGCAACAGCCCCAGAGCCGUUCCGCUGUCCAGCCCACCUCGGCACCUCCCCCGGCCGGCUUUGAAGGCGCCGGCUAUGGCAGAAAGGUCGAGUUUGCCCAUCCGGUCGUGGUGGGCGACCUGGUCCGUCGCCUCGCCGCCGGCAUGGGCGGCCUGAAGCAUGUCAUGGUGGCAGCGCCCAGGCAUUUUGACGCCGCCGCAACAACGGUCCAGUCCGCCGCCGUAUGUGCGGGCUCGGGCUGGGACGUCCUCAAGAGCUGUCCCGUCGACGUCUUGGUGACGGGCGAGAUGAGUCACCACAACGCACUCAGGGCCACGAUGGAGGGCAAGCUGGUCAUCACGGUGUUUCACAGCAACUCUGAGAGGGCAUAUCUCCGGCAAAGGAUGCAGCCGGCCCUGGAGGCGGAGCUCCGCAGGAUCGGUGCCGAGGCACAGAUCUUGGUGAGCGAGGCGGACAGGGAUCCAUUUGAGGUCUGGGACGUGGAGCGCCUCGGUGCCGGGCCCGCGUCAUGA